AUGCUGAAGCCGGGCGAGGCGGCGGCAGCCGCCGCCGCGUCGGCCUUCCUCAAAGUAGACGCGUCUUCGUACCUGCAUCACUGGCAGCAGCUCUUCCCGCACACACCGCUCAAGCCUCCCCUACCGUCACCUUCGGGCCCCCCGCAUUGCACUUCCUCGACGGGGGCUGCCGUCCUUGCCUCCUCCUCCUCCUCCUCUGCGGCGGCGGCGGCUCAGUUUCCUCUCGGCCAACACGUGGCGCUCUACGGGCAGGCCCUGGUCCCGGCGGGCCCCGGUGGGGACGCGCACCCCGCCGAGAACCCCGCGGCGGGACGCCUCCUGCAGGUGAAGGAGCAGAGCGUCGGGGUGGUGUCGUCUAGCGUCAAGAGCGGCGGCGAGGAAGGCGGGAAGACCGCACAGCAGGCGGGGGGCAGAAUCAAGCUAACCGCCGAGGAGCUGGACUACUUCUUGUAUGGACAACAGAGGAUGGAGAUCAUACCCAUCAACAGCCACAACGCGGACGUCAACAACCGCUGCGACAUGUGUGCGGACAACCGCAACGGCGAGUGUCCCAUGCACGGACCGCUUCAUUCCCUGCGGAGGUUGGUGGGCACCAGCAGCGCCGCCCCGGCCACCCUCGCUCUCCCCGAUGUUCCCGACUGGCUCAGAGAUCUUCCGCGAGAGGUGUGUCUCUGCACCAGCACGCUUCCCGGCCUCGGCUACGGAAUCUGCGCCGCCCAGAGAAUCCCCCAGGGUACCUGGAUCGGACCUUUCCAGGGUACCCCCCUCAUGCUGGACAAAGUCCGUUGCGGAUCCUCCAGGAACACGCGGCACUUGUGGGAGAUCUACGACUCGGAGGGAACGUUGUGUCACUUUCUCGAUGGCAACGAUCCGGCUAAGUCCAGCUGGAUGAGGUACAUCCGAUGCGCCCGACACUGCGGAGAGCAGAACAUGAUGGUCGUUCAGUACAGGUCUAGCAUCUUCUACCGGGCAUGCCUGGACAUCCCUCGUGGAAGCGAGCUUCUGGUGUGGUACAACGACUCGUACACGUCCUUCUUUGGAAUUCCGCUGCAGUGCGUCGCUCAGGACGAAAACCUGAACGUCCCGACGUCCGUUUCAGAGGUGAUGUCUCGCCAGGAGUCCUUGCAACAGCAGCAAUCCUUCGGCAAGAGCGGCAAAGCGUGUUCGACGGCGACGUCUUUGUCGUCGUCCGUGCGCUCCAUGGUGUUUCCCCAGGCGUCGUGCGGCAGAAGUUUCUCCGCGCUGGACAAGAACGUGGCGCCGUUCUCGUCGUCCGAGUCGUCCUUCGGCCAGCUGUCCUCCAAGAACCAAAGAGUCCUGGCUAGUCCCACGUCCACCAGCCAGCUCAACAGCGAGUUCAGCGACUGGCAUUUGUGGAAGUGCGGACAAUGCUUCAAGACGUUCACGCAGAGGAUUUUGCUACAGAUGCACGUCUGCCCGCAGAACCCCGACAGGCCGUACCAGUGCGGCCACUGCUCGCUGUCCUUCUCGCAGCCGUCAGAGCUGCGCAACCACGUGGUGACGCACUCCAGCGACAGGCCCUUCAAGUGCGGCUACUGCGGCCGCGCCUUUGCCGGCGCCACCACGCUCAACAACCACAUACGCACGCACACCGGGGAGAAGCCCUUCAAAUGCGAGCGUUGCGAUCGUAGUUUCACUCAGGCCACGCAGCUGAGCCGUCACCAGAGAUUACCCAACGAAUGUAAACCUAACGGCGAAGGAUCGGCGGCGGGAGAGUCCAUAGAGGUGGACUAG